UGAGCGCGACGCGAGGAUUGUGCAUGAGGACCAUGAUGGAGUUAGAUCAAAGUUGCUCAGUUUUAAGAGAAUAUGGAAGUGAGCAGAGUUUGUUAUCCAAACCUGACGGAUCUUCCACUUUUGUUCAAGGUAUUUAUGCCAGUGAUACUAGUAUCCUGGCUGGAGUUUAUGGACCAGCUGAGGUUAAAGUCAGUAAGGAAAUCUAUGAUCGAGCUACUGUAGAGGUUCUUAUCCAGCCCAAAAUGGGGCUUCCAGGAGUGCGAGAGCGCGCGAGAGAGCAGUGUGUUCGUGAGACGUGCGAGGCUGCUCUUCUGCUGACGCUUCAUCCUCGUUCUUCUGUCACAGUCAUCCUGCAGGUCAUCCACGAUGAUGGCUCUCUGCUGUCGUGCUGCCUGAAUGCGGCCUGUAUGGCUCUAAUGGAUGCCGGGCUGCCCAUGAGCCACCUUUUUUGUAGUGUGACCUGUGCUAUUAGCAAAGAAGGCCAGAUAAUCAUUGAUCCCACGGCUCGGCAGGAGAAGGAAUGUCGAGCGUUGUUAACAUUUGCUAUUGAGAGCGUUGAGUGCAAUGUUUUGAUGUCAUCAACCACAGGCUCUUUUUCAGUCCAGGAGCUGCAGCAGUGCAUCGCAAUCAGUCAAAAGGCUUCUGAACAAAUCUUCCAGUUUUAUAGGGAUUCUGUCAAACGGCGAUAUUCAAAGAUAAAAUAAAACACGCUUAUGAUUUUUUACCUUGAGUUUGCAUCA